CGCAACUCUUCCUGAACUGCCACGCGAGUGAUCCUCACUUUGUGUGAUACUUUGUAGUGAAUUCGAAGCCGCGAUCGCGCUCCUGUGUGGCACUAGUGAGUCACUACUUCCGGUCCGGAUCGGUCCUCGGGUGUUCGUGAAAGUGUGGGAGAAAGUAUGACAUAAACCUUCUCACCCUCCGGCGGAGAGUGUACCUCCACCUAACGGUUGACACACUUUCUCGAGAAUCCAAACAAGAACCCUGGUGGUCGCGGUGUUCGCAAAAGUUUUCCCCGGAAAAACAACCUGCCCUGGCCUGGUCCGAGGAUUGUGUUAUUGUUUCCGCGAGUGUGUUUGUACUCCAGCUGUGUCUGUGCGUGGCCGUUUGUGUGCGUGUUUUUGGAGUGACUAGCAGCACCUGUUGUUACUAGGAGCCGUAGAACUCGAGCGAUCGAGGGAAAGCUAGCAGAGCAAGUGGUGUUUUGUGGUGCCCUCUAGUAUCCGCUCCAGUGCUAUCGUGUGUUCCGUGUGGCCCGCUACCGGAAUCGCAAACAGAGAGUGUCCCCAAGUCGCAAGCGCAUGCCGGCGGAGAUCGGUAGUCACGGGUGGGCGUGAAACGUGUAUCCGGUGCACCGUGCGGGGAAGGGUGAAGUAAUAGCAGAGCAGGAAGGAAGGAAGGAAGCGCGGAAGCCGGAAGUGUUUCUAUGAAACUACCACUGGACCGGCUAGCCCGAGUGAUGAAUCUGGACGAGCCGAGCUUUGGCGAUCACUACAUACAGGAGUUUGUGCUGGAACACCUGGACCACGAUACGGGGCCACAUGUGAAGCGUGAGGAUACCAGCCCAUCCGUGCUGGUCGGUAGUGCCGGUGCAGGGGGUGGUGCGAUCGCUUCCAAGAACGUGUGGAAUGGUACGACGGUGGAUGAGAACGGAGUCAUAGUGCCGAUCCGGUUGAAGGCCGUCAACAAUGGAGCCACAAUGGCGGCCACGAAUGGCGGUGUCGUCGGUGGAUGGCAUCUGGAGGAACGGAAGCUUCUGCAUGCUGCCUGCUCGUCUCCCGGUGGUACCGGUGAUCUGUUUACGCACGUCGGUGGCCCUACCCACGGCCAGCCGAUAUUGUUCAAUCCUCCGAUCAGCGGUGUUCCAUCGACUCCACCGGAAACUCCGCCGGUCAUCGGUUCACCAAACUCCAACGGAACACUCGGUGGUGGUGGUGGUGGUGCAGGUGCUAACGGAACAGGCACGGCCAAUGGUGCUGGUGGAGGUGGAGGAGGUGCCGGUGGAUACGGGAACACGGUGUACUAUGGUGGUGGCCGCACGCAAACCGGUCUGGUCGAUGAUAUGAUGUUCCUGCCACAGACGAUACGCGGUGAGCAGCCACUCGAUCUGCGGCCACUGCACUGCUCCAUCGGACCGGAAACGGGCGAGUGGCUGGAUCGGAAGGAGUACGCGGGCGUACUGGCCGUUGCUGGUGGUCCUGGCGGUGGCCAGAAUGGUCCAAACGGUGGUAUGCUCUCGAACGGAACGAUGGGUGGUGUCGGCAAUGGCGGUGCUGGUGCUGGUGGUGCCUUUGGGCAUCAUCACCAUCAUCAUCAUCAUCAUGUUGGGGCAUCCUCGGGCGGUCAGCUAGAGUUUGUGGCGCUGAACAUGCACUCGUACGCAUCGUCCCAUCAGCAUCAUCCACAUCAUCACCAUCAUCAGCUGCACCCGAACCGGCCACACUCGGUCAGCUCGACCAGCUCCACCAUCUCGCCCCGCAACGGUACCAGCAGCAGCGGUGGAGGUAGCUGUUACAACGGACUCGGUGGUGGUGGUGGCGGCAGUGGUUCGCUCAACGGACUAUCAUCCGAGGAUCUAAUCAACGAUGAGCUGCUGAUGACGCUGUCGGUGCGCGAACUCAACAAACGGCUACACGGUUGCCCCCGCGAUCAGGUGGUCCGAUUGAAGCAGAAGCGGCGCACGCUCAAAAACCGUGGUUACGCGCAAAACUGUCGCUCGAAGCGGCUCCAACAGCGUCAGGAUCUGGAGCUCACCAAUCGCCACAUGCACCACGAGAUGCAGCAGAUCAAACACGAGCUGGUCAAGCUGAAGCAGGAACGGGACGAGCUGAUGCAGACACUGCAGAUGUACCAGCGGGAACAGUCACAGGCCAACGCUCUCCAGCAGCAGCAACAUCAACACCAUCAAGCCCACCAGAAGCAGCAACAGCAACAGCACCACCAUCAUCAUCAGCAGCAUCAACACCAGCAACAGCAGCAGCAGCAACAUCAGCAUCAACAGUAUCAGCAACAGUCUCGUCAGCAGCAGCAGCAGCAGCAGCAACAGCAACAACACCUCCAUCAUCAUCAGCAGCAGCAGCAGCACCUUGGAGGUGGCGGUGGAGGCAGCGCAGGUGGCCACAACAACAGCAGUUCCUGCAACGGUGGCAGCAGUGGUGGUACUACCGGUGGCAGUACUAACACCGGUGCUAGUGGCAGUGCCAAUACCGGGGGUGCCACUGGUGGAAGCAGCAACAGCGGCAGCGGCAACAACAAUUCCGGACUAGUUCCUUCAGUGAAGCAGCUGAUCGCCGAGAGCGUCAGCUCGCAGGAGUAUUACGUAUGACGCCAGACGACUCUCGGCGGUGGUGGUGGUGGUGGCCAAACGCCUUCAUCCUGGGCCAGUCGGUACGGUUGUUAAAUCGGCGACCGAUCACCGCGAGCCCUGCCACUGUAAAUAGGAGAUGAUCGCAAGGAUGGCCGCUUUGUCUAAUGUUUCCGGUUCUCAGUUCCGGUCUGCAUUCCGGUUCUUAUCUCGUCCUUAGUGAUUAUCUACUUUUAGAGGACGAUUUUAUACGUUGUUUCUUAGUUACGUUACUUACAAUUGUCAAUCGAAGAAGUCGUUGCGUUUGGUCGUUUUUGAUAAUUACCCUCUGUUACUGCCUAAGUUUUAUGAAUGUAUUCUAUUGUUGUACGAACGCUUUUAAUAUUACUUCCGUUUUAAAGUUUCCUUUACGAGUUUCCCAUUGUUUCGAUUCGGUUGUGUCAGAAUAGAAUGUUACUUUAUGUUAGAUUUUGUACCGAAAGCCACAAACUGUGGUUGCGUUUGUUGGAAACUAACGGAGAAAACCAGAUCGUACGGCCAAGCCAAGUGAAAGUUGCGUGCAACAACACCUCAACUGUGGCUUCUAGUGGACAGCGCAUCAUUUACUAGAGAUUCAAACGGAAGUUGUUGCAACCAUCCACAUAAUGCUUCCUUCCGUUGGGCGAAGAUUGUUACUUAAAAAUGCAAAACGAAAAAAAAAAGUAUACGACUGAGACCGAGGUGACUACAAACACCAGCAACCAACGCAUUAACGUAGUAGUCCACUCCACCCGUUUGGUAGGGAUCCCUCGGAAACCGGAACGGAAACACUGACCUGUACAUAGAACACGGCCUGACUCUGCACGGCAGGUGCAUUAUGGCGCAAUGCAAUAACAACAACAAUAAUAAUAGUAGUGAUAGAUACUGAGUUAAGUUAAAUCAUCAAAGGCGCACCAAAAAACAAAACCGAACCCGAUAAGAAGCGAUAGGGAAAAGGAUUGAAAGACCUUCAUACCCACAGAAAGAGAAGAUCAGGAUCCAGGGAGCCGGAGCAGCAUCCAUAUCAUUCGUUCGAGGAAGUGCAUCAUGGUUUACUUUUGUUUUCGCCUUUUCGUUCUCAAGCAGGCCGAGAUGGAUGAGCUGGGGGGAUGCGUUGUUGUUUGAGAGAAGAAGCGCUAAAGUGAUGGGGCUGGAUGGAUGGAUGGAUGUAUCCAAGGUAACGGUCGCUCUCUCAUGGGGUCGCCACUUUGGCCACCAAAAAAACCACUAGUGUAUAAAAAAAAACCGAGGGAAAAGGGGAUUAGAGCAAACGUAAACGACAAUUUAUCAUUAAAUGAUGUUACAGAA